AUGCCUGGUGAUAACAGAGUGUCGAUAGAUUCUCAGUUUUCAUUUGAGUCCACAAAACAAGAAAUCACCAUGAAUAGUAUAUCGGAAAAAAUGGCAACCUUGAAAAUAAAUACAGACAUCAAUAAUGAGUCGAUGGAGAAAAAAUUUGACAUUAAUACCAUUUCAUUGGCGGAAAUACAGAAUUUGAAAUUUGAUGGGGAUGUGCCUGAUUUGCUAAAGCUUUCCUUUGUUAAAUCGCUUUUGAUCAAGUUGUCUUUGGCCACAAAUAACGUCAACCAUUCAUCGAAUACAUAUAAGAGCUUGGUAAAAGAUGUUGAUGAAGAAUUGAACCUGAAGUUGAACAGCAUUUUCAUUGUCAAUGAAGAAGAUGCCACAGGAAAUAAUAGUAAUACCCAAUCCAGUGCUACAACCCUGCAAUCUACUAAAACUUUCCAGACUUUGGACCCGAAAAUUUUGGUAUCAUCAUCUUCUUCGUUAGAUAAUCAAUUAAAAUUUUCAAAAUCCGAAGUUGAAUCCAGUUCCAAAGAAUUAGAUACGGAAGAAUCGAUAUUGAAGAAAAAUAAUCAAGGGAUAUUUAAGAAAUCUUUGGAAAUUAAAGAUCAUAUAGACUCUCUAACACCUUCCACUUCUAAUCGCGAGCCGACGGGUUUUGAAUCGCCUUAUAACUAUUCAGAAGCAUCAUCUGAAUAUGGUGGGGACAAUAACAACCAACCUGGCACCAGUCAAUCAAAUGUCAGCUCAAAUUACAAUAGUAAAAGCAAUUCAAAAGUUGAUUUGCGUUUGAAUGAUGAUCCAGAUGUCAUUGAAUCACAAUCAAGAAACUCCUCGAUAUAUUCUCCAAAAUCAACCCUGUAUGUUUCGGAAGCUAUCAAUCAAUCUCAAAUUCCCAACUCACCUUCGACAACGUAUAGUAACAACAGAAUCCAACUCCCAUCUCCAAGGGUUGAAACUUACAAAGAUUCUUCUAGUAUGUCGAAUAAACCAUUGAUGAAGGCGAACGUCGCUUCACCAAUUAUCAUGAAUGAUAUGGAUAAUAUUGAAAAGCAUAUUCUCCCAGAAAGAGUUUCUCAUGAAUCUUCAGCACUGCUCGUGGAUGCAAAAAUCAACAAAUCUUACAAUUCAGUUGGGUUAGCUCAUAACGAUGAUGAAUUGGAAAAAGAGAUGGAUAAAGAACGAUUAAAAAGAAAUCCAAAUAGAGGUGCUCCAAAGAAAUCUUCUGAUGAUGUGGCGGCACUAACACCAAAAAGCCAAAGAUCUAAAGAAGUUAAACAGCAUAAUGACCACGCCAUCGACUUUCAACCUCGAGUGCAAGCUGCUAAUAGCCAGAGUGCUAAAGGCUCUCCAAUCAUUGGGAGAAAUAGUCCAAUUCCUAAAGGCUCCCCGGUCGUUCAUCUUGACUCGGGAACUCCAAAAAUGUACGGAAUGGGUAUCAUGGGCUUGGAUUCACCUGCAAUAGUCAGAAGAGACCAUUCACCAUCAUCCCCAAGAGAAGGUGAUGCUAAGCAAAUGACGGGCGUCUCCAAAAAAGCCAAUUCUCUCCAUACUAAUCAAGGUGUUGCAGGGGGCCACAACGGGCAACAGAAUCCAGAAAAUAGAAUGGGAAUCACAAAUAUUUCUAACCCAAGAGAACGUUUCUACCAGCUGGUAAAAGGAAAACCAGUAUAUUCUGCGUAUACCAACAUCUCCAAUUCUGAAAAGCGUCACGUUAAAUCUCCUACUUUGUCAUCAGUACUGACAAUGCCUUUGACUUUAGAUUCCAUUCAACCUAAACUUAGCAAAUCUCAACCUUCUACUCCUCAAUCAAGUACAUUUUCUGACGGUGACAUUGAUAUGGAUAAUGACACUACUUUAUUCAUUCAACCGAAAGAAUUGAACACAAUAUCUUUGAAGUUGAUCACUUCUUUAUCUAUCAACAAGAAUAACUCGUCAUCAUUCGACCCAACUAUGGUGUUUGUUUCAAUUGAUAAGAAAUCCCAAAAAGAAAUUUGGAGGUUCAAGAAGAAAUAUUCACAAUGUAUCCAAUUGGAUAGUAGUCUUAGAGAAUUAUUCGAUUCAUUCCUCUUACCACCAUUCCCUGAUAAAUCCAUUUUCUUGAAUAAUCUACCGGCCAAAAUUGAUGUGAGAAGAAAUGGGAUAUUGGAUUAUUUUGGCACUUUGUUUAACACUCCUUUGCCUAAGAAGGCUGUAUAUCAAAUUUGCAAGUUCAUUUCUUCUAAUACCGUGAACCCACUAGAUGAUAUUGAAUACAAUUUCAGCAAUGAAAUCAAUGAAAAGGCAUUCAAAAAACAAGGUUAUUUGGUUAGAAGAAACAAGGGUCUUGGUGCCAACUGGAGAGUAAGAUAUUGUCGUUGCGAAGGUCCGAACUUCUUGGUCUACGAUGAACUUGAUGGCAACUUGAUUGAUUCUAUUAGGUUACUGGGAGCGCAGAUUGGUCGUCAACAAUCCGAUAACUCAUCUGAAGAAUCUACCAGUAAUGCCAAAGGUUAUAGACAUGCUUUAUUGUUGAAAGAGAUGAAGAAGAAUUCAAUUGGCUCGGGCUCCAAUAAGCACAUAUUUUGUGCGGAAACCGACGAAGAAAGAGAUUCGUGGAUUAAUACUUUGAUUGAAUAUGUACUGGACAAUAGUGCAUAUGAUAAUGAACCAGUAGAACUUCAAAAUAAUUUACCAGCAAUAAAUAAUGGGGCAAAUAAUAGCAUCAGUGCGAAUAGUAGUGGUACUGCCGGAGUAUCAAGUUCCUUUUCUGCGUCAAAUUUGAUAUCAACCCCAAGACACGGACACUUGCGCACCAGAUCUACAGAAUUUCCUACAUCUAUCAGUUCUCAAAAUAUUUCUCAUAAUUCAGGAGAAUCUCCUUCAGUGGUAUCGCCGAAGCAUGAGAACUGUUCUGAAUUUGAUGAUAGUUUCAGAGAGCCAAAGAAGUCUAGGAAGAGAUUCUUUGGAGGGAUCAGAAAUAAAUUGGGGAAUGGUAAUGCCUAUGUUACCAAUGCUUCUCCUGGUGAACUCGAUGCAAAUUUCAGUUCUAAUGAUGAUUUCCAAAUCAAUCCAGUCACAGAUUUGUCAAGUUUCAAUGAUACAACAAUAAACACCACGAUAAGUACCACGAAUAAUAAUAAUGGUAAUAUUUUAACUCCAGUGAAGACUGAUGAAUUACUUGCUCAAGGUGACUUUUCAAAUGAUAAGAUCUUUGGUAAUAGUCUAGAACAGGCGGUGAAGUUGUCAUCCAAUGAGUAUCAAGGUGAAAGAGUUCCAAGUAUUAUUUUCAGAUGUUUGGAUUAUUUGAGCCAAACAGGAGCUGGAUAUCAAGAGGGUAUUUUCCGUUUGAGUGGCUCUACCAUUAUGAUAAAGCAAUUAAAGGAGAAAUUCGAUACUAGCUACGAUAUUGAUUUGGUAAAUAUGGAAGUUCGCCCAGAAAUUAAUAGUGUUACUGGUCUUCUUAAAUUGUAUCUUAGAGAAUUACCUGCCAGUGUCAUGACCAAUGAAAUUGAUGCUAGAUUACACCUGGUUUUAUCGGACUAUAAUCGAAACUUGAGCAAUGCGUCACCACAGCUUAACAGAAUUAAAGUUGAUGAUAAAAACAAUACUGCCUAUUUGCAAUACAUGUAUCAGCUCAAGAGUUUGGUCCACCAGUUGCCACCAGUUAACCGAGCCGUGCUCUACGUGUUGAUAAAAUACUUGAACACCGAAGUACUUUCGAGAAAUGAAUAUAACAAGAUGAAUUUGCGGAAUUUGGUGAUUGUGUUCUCCGCAACCUUAAGCAUCGAACCGAAGAUCUUGGCGGAAUUUUUUAUCAAUUUCGGCUUUUUAUGGGAAGAUGCUAACUUGAUAAAUGAAGAUGACAGACCAAGUGUUGAUAUUGGAUCUAUUCCUUUGGUAUAG